AUGCUAAUCUUAAGAUUUUUAAUCUUUCUUGGAUAUCAUGGAGCAGUAUUGAGUCCUUCUAUCCAACAUAUUGAAGGUGACGAAUGUCUCUGUGAAUCAGGGGAACUUGGAAUCUGCAAAAACGCUUUCAACUGUCAAUGGAUUCGAACUGCUCAAAUUCACGAAGAUUAUUGGACUUAUUGUGAAUCCGAAACAUCACCUUAUCUCAUUUGUUGCUUGGAUCCCAUUUCAACAUUGGAUCACAAGUUAAGUUGUGAAAGGGAUACUGAAGAAAUCUUCAGUCCAAGUACCUUAGAAGAAUGUUUGAAAAAUAAUCAAACUUUAUCUGAACUUUCUGCCUUGACAAUCUCUUAUACCGAUGAACAAUGCCAAGCCUUGAAUGAACAAUAUAAAGAUAGAUUAAACAAGUCUUUCUUAAUCUUGGGAAUAGCGAAUGGCGAAGACGCUAGUCAUGGUGAAUUUCCCUUCAUGGCUGUUUUUGUAGCUGAUUUCCGUUGUGGCGGAACAAUUAUCACCAAACGUCAUGUUUUAACAGCUGCUCAUUGUGUCCUACAACGAAUCUACUUUUCUUUGCAAGAAUUUGUUAGAACAGUGAAAAUUCGUGUUGGCAGUAUUUUUUUCAACAAAAACUACCAGGAAAUUGGACUAACGAAAGCUGUUGUUCAUGAAAGUUACAACAACACUGGCGGAGGGUUUGAUAUUGCGAUCUUACAUUUGGCGGAAGACAUUAACUUUACAAUUUAUGCUUUUCCAGCAUGUCUCUUCCAUGGAGAGAAAUCUCUCGAAGAAAAUAGUACGGCAACAAUAAUUGGAUUUGGAUUAAUUGCAUCACGAAAAAAACAAUCAGACGUCCUUCAAAAGGCGAUUGUUAACAUUGGAGGUCCUCAACAUUGCACAAAAGAAGUAUUUAAUAAGAGAACAUUCAAAGGAUUAAGAGAAGAUCAAAUUUGUGCUGUAGACUUUCAAAUCAAAAGUGAUACUUGUCAAGGGGAUUCUGGAGGUCCGAUUAUUCAAAAGUUUAAUCAGAAUGAAUGGCAAACAGUGAUUGGAAUAACAAGUUUUGGAGAAAAUUUUUGUACUGCUACGAGGAAGCCAAGUGUUUAUACAAGGUUGGUAAAGGAUUAUCGUUCGAACAAGAUGCAUUUUUACCUAAAAUUUUUAUUUUUUCUCGGUUAUCACGGAUUUUUGUUGAGUUUUUCGCACCAUUUGACAGAAGGAGAUGAAUGUCUCGUAGCGACAGGUCACGUGGGCAACUGCAAAAGCGCCUUCGAUUGUCAAUGGAUUCGUGACGAGCAAAUUUCCGAACAUUUUUGGACCUUUUGUGAUUGUGAUCAGUCAAAUUACUUGAUUUGUUGUCGUGAUGCUGCUUUUUAUAACAAAACACUUGCUUGUGAUUCGCCAGAGACGAAAAAUAUUUUUAGUGAAGGAACCUUGAGAGAAUGUCACAAAAGAAGGAAUAAAAACAAACCCAUAAAACGACAUUUUGCGUUCGAUGCCAUUUCGUAUACCGAUGAGCAAUGCAAGUUGCUUGAAGAGGAAUAUGCAAAAAUUGUCGAAGCAAGUCCCGUAAUUCAUGGCAUAGCACAUGGCAUUGACGCAGAACGCGGUGAAUUUCCGUUUAUGGCAGUUUUGUUGAAGUAUGAAGAUGGUAAUUACACGAGACAGUGCGGCGGUACAAUUAUUACGAAACGACACAUUUUGACAGCGGCGCACUGCAUUUGGUAUCGAGACACUUCCGAAUUUGUCCGUACCGCUAAAAUUCGUGUCGGAAGCAUUUACUUCGACGAAGGAUACCAAGAACUAGGACUUUCAGGAGUAAUUCCUCACGAAAAAUAUCAAAAUACUGGCAGUGGAAAUGAUAUCGCACUCUUGUUCCUUUCAAGUGACAUUGACAUUUCAUUAGAUUCGUAUCCAGCAUGUCUCCAUAAUGCCCAAAAAUCACUUGAGGAAAACAGUACCGUGACUGUUGUUGGUUUUGGAGAGACCCAUGACACAAAUGAACCAAUUGUCCUCCAAAAAGCCGAAAUAAAUGUCUUAAAUCCACAAAAAUGUUCCAAAGAAGUCAUUUUUAAACUCGGUUUCGAUGGGCUACGAAAGGAGCAAAUUUGCGCUGGGGACUUAGAUAUCAAGAGUGACACGUGUAAAGGUGAUUCAGGAGGUCCUUUAAUUCAAAUCGACAAAAAUGAUCGGAAAAUUGUUGUGGGAUUAACAAGUUUUGGUCCAGCAUUUUGUGACUCGAAUAAAGUACCAGGCGUUUACACGAGAAUUUCUCCGUAUCUUGCGUGGAUUGAAGAAAAUGUGAAAAAACAGGAUUAUGUCACGCACGCACAACUUUCGCGGAAUUAACGCAUAAAUUAUUACUUAAUUUGGUUGUGAAAUAAAUAUUUCCUGA